AUGUACCUGCACACUCUGAACUGGAGGGAGUUUCUGAAAAUCGUGUUUCUGAGCGCGACGUUUCCACAGUGGCUGAUGGACGAGUUGUGCAAGCAAUUGAAUCUAUCACGGUACAUGGUGAGGAAUGCGCGAUGGACGAACGCUGUACACCAGGUGCCCAACCAGAAAGUGCUGAAGGAGGUGACACUUGUUCCGCAAAAGGAGUUUGGAGGAGCAAUCGAGCAGCGUGUGAACAGUUAUCUGCUGGGUACUGCUACAGGCAAGGCUAUCCUUUUCUUCAGCAACAAGGCGCGGAUGCGUCACUGCUACGCGCGGUGGAAGAAGGUAGCGGCAGUGGCCGCGGUUGAUUCGGAGAUGCCGGACCGGGUGAAGCUCUCGGUAUUUCGCGAGUUCGAGUCGGCAUCGAGUCCAGUGCGCGUCAUCAUGGGGACCAAGCUGAUAUCGAACGGUCUUGAUUGCAAUGCGGUGGACUAUGUGUGUCUGGCAGACUGUGAUGUGGAUGUGAUAGACUUUUUACAGAUGGUUGGACGGAUCAGGGGCAGUGGGUACCUCGAGGUGGUUCGGAUAGCUGGAAAGAAAAAGGAGUUCAGGGAUGCAGUUGCACACGAGGACUUGCGGAAUGUGAACUGGAGCAAGUGUAUAACGGAAACAGUGGCGUCGUUCUACUCGGUGCCAGCACCAGACCACCAGCUGUGUUGCAACUCGUGGGAGGAGCAAAGUUGUCCGAGGGAGAUUGGCGAAGUGCGCAGGAUUGUCCAUAGUGUAAGGUUAAACGUCCCUUCGGAAGAGGAGGGAGAUGAGGAGGAGGAUCAAGGUCAUUCGCGGAUGUUUGACUUUAUUCUCGACAACAUCCAAAAUAAAACUACAGGCUGUAUGCGAGCGAGUUGCGUACGUUAUUGUUCGAUAGCACAUCGGCAGACCUGCCCAGAAUGA